AUGGGAGGCUGCGUCGGCGCCGGCCGGCGGCUAGACCCCGCCUCCGCACGGGCCGGGCGGGGUCGCGCGGGCGGAGAGCGGGAGGCGGGCUCAAGGGUGGGUUUUUAAGGCGGGGGCGGCUCCCGGAGAGACGCGCUCGGGUUGGAAGGUGGGGUGAGGGCCUGGUCGGCGAGUGCACCUUAUUCCGCACCCCUGCGCCCGCCUCGGGAACUGCACGCGGGCCCCCCACCCCCGCCUCCCACGCAGACCAUGGUGUGGCCUGCAGGGCUCCCCCGGCGGACGAGGCUAAUGGAUCGUUCCGCCCGGCCCACACCGAGGCCGCCCACUGGCUCCCGCAGCUUUUCAGGACUCCUCCGUCAGACCAGCUACGGAAGAAGGGGCCCGCCCCCGGCCUCAGACCCUCUCAAGUCUUAGUCCCGCCCCCUCACCCGGAUCCAGGCUGAGUCCCAGCCUCCGCCCUCGGACUUGUCCCUAGGAAGCCGGCCAGCCUCCGCCUUCAGACCCGAGGUUUCCACCUCUGCUCUCCGACUCUGAAAAGCGCUUUUUCUGGGCGUGGUCUUUGACCUCGGCUC